UUCCACUCCCAUGUAAAUGUAAUAAGAAGCUAAGCUACAGCAUUGGUUCACCCUAUGGCCUUAGAACCGCUGAUUUCUGCCAUAAAAUCCGUUUGCCAUAAGACCCAUUUGUUCCAAAUCCACGCUCACAUUAUACGCACAAAGCUCAUUCAACACCCCACUGUUUCUCUUCACUUCUUGUCCCGUGUAGCUCUCUCUGGUCCUUUGCAAGAUGCCACCUAUUCCCACCGCUUCUUUCAGCAACUCAGCCACCCUUUGCUUUCCCAUUACAACACCAUGAUCAGGGCCUCUUCCAUCAGUCAUUCACCGCAAAAGGCUCUUUUUUUAUACCGAGACAUGAGAAGACGAGGCAUUGCUGCAGACCCUUUAUCCUCUUCCUUUGCUGUUAAGUCUUGCAUAACGUUUCUGUAUCUUCUUGGAGGGAUUCAGCUUCAUUGCAACAUCUUCAAAGACGGGCACCAAUCUGAUACCCUUUUGCUCACUGCUCUCAUGGACUUGUAUUCACAGUGCCAGAGGGGCCGUGAUGCGUGUAAGGUGUUUGAUGAGAUGUCUCAGAGGGACACUGUUGCUUGGAACGUCAUGAUCUCGUGCUGUAUUCGAAAUAAUAGGACUCGGGAUGCUUUGAGUUUGUUUGAUGUUAUGCAGAGUUCGAGAUAUGAAUGUGAGCCUGAUGAUGUUACUUGUUUGCUUCUUCUUCAGGCUUGCGCUCAUUUGAAUGCCUUGGAAUUUGGUGAACGAAUUCAUGGUUAUAUUGUGGAACGUGGUUAUGGGGGUGCUCUCAAUUUAUCUAAUGCUCUUGUAUCUAUGUAUUCGCGGUGUGGUUGUUUAGAUAAGGCUUAUGAAGUGUUUAAGGGGACAGGCGAUAAGAGUGUGGUUUCAUGGAGUGCAAUGAUCUCUGGUUUGGCGAAGAAUGGAUAUGGGAGAGAAGCUAUUGAAGCUUUUGAAGAGAUGCUGAGAAUUGGCAUUCGGCCUGAUGAUCAGACAUUCACGGGUGUCCUUUCUGCUUGCAGUCAUUCUGGAAUGGUUGAUGAGGGAAUGUCAUUUUUUGACCGUAUGAGCAGAGAGUUUGGAAUAACUCCCAACGUUCAUCACUAUGGCUGCAUGGUUGAUCUUUUGGGCCGUGCUGGCUUGCCUCACAAGGCUUAUCAUCUUAUAAUGUCGAUGGCGGUGAAGCCAGAUUCCACAAUAUGGAGGACCCUGCUUGGGGCUUGCAGAAUUCAUGGCCAUGUUACACUUGGUGAACGAGUAAUUGAACAUUUGAUUGAGUUGAAGGCUCAAGAAGCAGGGGAUUAUGUUUUACUUUUGAAUAUAUAUUCUUCUGCUGGACACUGGGAAAAGGUAGCAGAGGUGAGAAAAUUGAUGAAAGAUAAAGCAAUCCAAACCACACCUGGUUGUAGCACAAUUGAAUUGAAAGGAAUAGUACACGAGUUUGUUGUGGACGACGUUUCACAUUCGAGAAAUCAUGAAAUUUACGAGACACUGGAUGAGAUUAAUAAGCAGCUGAAAAUUGCUGGUUAUGUUGUUGAACUUUCAUCCGAGUUACAUAAGAUGGAUGACAAAGAAAAGGGGUAUGUGCUCUCUCACCACAGUGAAAAGUUGGCCAUUGCUUUUGGGGUUCUUGCUACACCACCUGGCACAACACUGAGAGUGGCCAAUAAUCUCCGUAUAUGUGUUGACUGCCACAAUUUUCUGAAACUUUUUUCUGGGGUUUACAACCGUGAUGUAAUUCUUAGGGACCAUAAUCGGUUUCACCACUUCAGGGGAGGGCACUGUUCAUGUAGCGACUAUUGGUAGGGAUAUCAUGGGAUGGUCAUAGAUGUAUCAUAUCGAGCACCGAGUGUUAGUGAAUGAUUGACAAGGGCUACUACAAACGGAGAAUGGCUAACUUUACGGCUGGUUUAUCGUAAAAUUUUGUUGAAAUUUUGGCUUAAUUGAAUGCUGCCAUACGUAAAACUACUAUGGAGGUUUUAAACUGCAUUUCAACUUUCAAGUGGGUUGGUGAAGGUUAGCUAACCAUUGCUUUUAUUUUAGACUAUUAUUUCAUGGCACCCCAGCAGCACCUUCGCAUAUGUCUGAGGUUCGGUGGAUAGAUUAUUCAAAGUUGAUCCUGCAGAUCACGGUGUCAGGCACCUGCCAAACACCAGUGACCUGAAGCAAAAUGAAACCUGCUAUCCGAGAAUAUUUUUGUUUUUUCUUUCCGAGAGGUUUUGCUUAUAUUGAAGGAGGUCUAUUUUUGGAUUAGUACAAAAAUACAGGAUAAGGAUCAUUUGCCACGAGACAAGGAAGGUUUGUCCCCUAGACAGAAGGGAUUUUUGUUUGAGAUUGGCAUUCCUUAUCUGCCAAUCCGUUAUCAUCUUUCGAGAAACCCUCGAUCAAUCCUCUGAGCGAUAAUCAUUUUUUGUUGUCAAUAUUUUAUAAAAGGAACGGCAAUAAAGUCAAUUUUCUAUGCAUUUGAUUCAGAAAACAGCAUCUGACAAUUUUUCCCCCAUUUUAUGUUCUUAAAUCCUUCUCGUCAUUUUGGCUAUAGGGGCUACGAGAAUAGAGUAAUAAUGUUAUGAGAGUCUAAUUGAUCCUGACCGUAAAAAAUAUUUGAUUAAUAAAGGAUUAUAAAUACAAUUUACAAUCCAUGAGUCGUAUAAUUGAAACACCUCGUCAUGCAGUUAUUUAUAAACUACAGAUUUUUCUAUGCACAGAUCAUUUGCAUCCAUCUACUAAAGGGUACAUUGAUG